UCCGGUGAUCAGCACCUUCGGAUCCCCUCCGUCUCAAACCAUCCCUCUCCGUUAUUGGACGUUUCCGUUACGUUAUGCGUUGAACCGUAUCACCUUCGUCCUCGGCGUCUCUGUUUCUCUUCGCCCUUCUCUCUCCUCGUGUUGUGCCCUAACUAUAGCGCGAAGACGUGCUCUCCGCCAUGGAUUUCCUCAAGACGGUCUUCUCCGCCGAUCCUGAGCCCUCCCAGCCGCAUGAUGACGACUAUCGACGAGGAGAGGGCGGCGGCGCUUCGGAGUGGAGCUUCGGUGGUUUCAUCAAGACCUUGGCCUCCAUGUCGGAGUCGGUCAUCCAGACCUACCGUCGCGACCUCGCGGAGUUUGGCACCGGCCUGAAGAAGGAGACGGAGGCAGUCGGGAAGGCCGCCGCGCGCGCCUUCCGUGACCUCGAUGGCUCGGUGUGGCGGGGAACCGGCGAAGAAGCGGUGGAGACUGGAGAUGACUCCGGGCCGACCAACACCGUCAGCUCUUCCCGGAGGUACAGCCGAUUCGACGUGGAGCUGCUUACAGUACAGUCGGAGGUGCGUACCUUCUCGGAAGACCCGGAGGAGGCCGAGGACUUCAGCAAGUGGAGAUCCGAAUUCGAUUUGGUUGAGAAGGAGGAGGAGAUCGAGAAUCUUUGCCGUGAGAAUGGAGCUUUGCUUAGGCUUUUGAACAAGCUGGUGCCUGGUGUUGUGGAGUACGAGACAUUCUGGUUCCGGUACUACUACCGGGUGCGUAAGCUGAAGCAGGCAGAGGACGCCAGAGCAAAGCUUGUGAGGAGGAUGAUUCGGAGAGAGGAGGAGUUGGAGGAGCUGAGCUGGGAGGUUGAUGAUGAUGACGAGGGUGACGAGGAAGAACUUGAGACGGAAGAAAACAAAGAAGAAAAGAAAGACAGGGAAGCGAAGUCGACCUGCAAGUCGGAUGAAGCUGUGGUGGCUGAAGGGUCAUGCAAGGACGGUGAGUUCUUAAUCAUCUCGACGCAGAAUUCUGUGUCAGAGGAAGAUGAUCUCGGGUGGGAUGAGAUUGAGGAUUUGGGCGAGCAUGAUGAGAUGAAGGGUGGUGGAUCAGUGUCUGGACGAUGAUGAUCCUUCCAAUCCUUGAUUCGACGACAUUUGAAAGCGAUGGUGCAUUUGAUUGUCAAUAGUUAUUUGCCUGAUGUUUCAACUGGGAUGGUGCUUGCCAUUUGAAAGCGAGGAAAAGAUUAGAUCAGCUGAUUGUAAGCAUCCAUCUACUAAUGAGAAUAACCAACAAAAAGCAGCUUGACUUUUCUACUUCACCAUAAACGCAAACUGUCAGUCCUUACCUGUCAUUAAGGUUAAGCAAAUAUCAUACCCAGUUAACUAAGGGAAAUAAUAAACUGGUAUGUAGUUGAUAAGCACAGUAUAUGCCUUCAGCUCUUUAUAAAAGUCAGAUGGUUUUAUGAA